AUGGGCAAACAUGACACGGGGACUUGUGACUUCUGUGGACAGGAGGAGACGUUUGAGCAUGUAGUGUUGGAGUGCGAUAAGUAUAAGCGAGAAAGGGAAAGAUUGCAGUUUGAAUUGCAAGAAAAUAGUGUUCACCUAAGGGAGAAGAAGAAGAAGAAGAAGAUACAGGCAUCGCUAGGUGAGCUUGAUACAUGCGUCGGUGCGUCAGUGUUGCAGGACCCAUCACUAGCUACAAGUGAUGGACGCGAUUAUUUUCAGAGAACACGUCUCUUCUGGAUGGUCACCCUGUCAGUGGCGCUGAUAUAUUUCGCUUGCACGGUGUUUGCACCAGAUGUAGUCCCAUUUGAGCUCCUUGGUCCAUUUGGCACCUUCUCCAAAAACCUUGCGUAUAACCAUCCUGAUCUACUGUACAAAGGAUGGUGGUUGGCCUGUGCUAUUCAUCUUUCUGAGGCCCUGGUUGCACUGAAGUUGUGCAGUAACAAAGGCAUCAAGGACAUGUCCACUCGGUGCCUGUGGUUUAUCCAGACCUUUCUGUUUGGCUUCGCCUCCCUCCACCUGCUAAUUAAGUACGACCCAGAGCGUUCCAAGCAGGACUGACCUUACCAGGAGAAGCCUACAGAACAACACAUCUGAGUCUAGAGACCCCUUCUUGGGGCCUCAACUUCUUCCACUGUUCACUUUGAUUAUAAGAUCCUGCUGGAGAGCAUGAAGUGGAGCAAUACUCUUGAGCCUUUUCUUUAAUAGUGUUUCUUUUAAUAGAAUUCCAAAGACAUAUCUUUGAUAGAAACGCUAGAAAUUUUCUUACAUAGUUUACAAAAUAUCUUUAAUUCCUGUAAUAGAGCUCAAUGUUUCAUUCCAUAUUUUCUAGAGCUGAGGGAGAACGGUGCUACCUUUUCAGAAAUAAUAUAUUUUAAAGUUUGUCUUGAUGGUGAUGACUAGGGACAAGGGUUAUUUAAAUAUGAGUGUUCUCUUGAUGAAUUUGAGUGCAGUACAUGGAACAAAUUUUAGAACAGAUUACCUAAAGGUGUUUACAUUCAGCCUACGUGGUGCAGUACAGGUGGGUUGGUUUUUGAGGGUUUUCCCUUUUUUCUCAGCUGCUCGGAUGAACAGGAUGCCUGACACGUUUGCUACAGAUGGUAUUUUUGCCGUCACCCUCAAAAGUGCUCUUGGAUUAAAUAAAGAGGGGAGCUGCUGUCAAAUUUGCCUUUCUCAGAUUAAAGUGCUGUGAUUCAGUCUUAAUAUUGACACUACAAAAUAAAGGAUGACUGAACUGAAUCCACUGUGGGGUGUUUUCUUUAUUAUUCAUUUUUUUUUAAUAGCAUUUGUGUGAUUUGAGAUGAAUGAAGCAGUCUCACCGCUUUCUUCAAUUCAGAUUUAUUUAUGUAGUGGCAAAUCAAAACAGCCCUCAAGGUGCUUUAUACUGUGAGGUACGUGCCUUUCAGUAGUCCAGAGAAAACUGCAAUUAAAUGGGCAGGUAUUGGGUAACAAUGGGAAGGAAGAACUUCCUUUUAACAGAAGUCUCAAGACAAAAAUUUAAUGACCUCCUGUUGUGGUGUCUAAACAUAGGGUAUUCUCAAUGACCCACAUGAUGUUCUGCAGCAGUCUGAAACUAUGGCAACAUGACAGGGUUCAGGGUCACCUGAUCAGCCCUAACUAUAUACUUUAGUCUCAAAACUUUGCUACAGAGUAAGACUGGAUUUUGUGGAUCCUUUACCCAAAACUAAAUCCACAUGUAAACACACAUCGUGACAAGAUUCCCAGAGGCUAUAACAUUUUUUUUUUUUCCCCACCUUUACCAAAAGUUCCUUAAACUGACCAAGGCUCAUAUUUCAUGUAAAAGGGUUCGAGAUGAAUCCAACUGUUACCAUUUAGAGUCUCAAUUAUCUAUAGAAAGACUCAAUCAGACACUUCAAACCAUGUGGUGCAAGUU